AUGAAACUGUUUUUGUUGGUAUUAAUCUGCACCUUGACGACUUUCGCGAGCGUGUGGACACCAUUCAAAAAGAAAAAUUCUUGCUCAAAAGGGGUCGACUUCUGCGAGGAGGCGAAGUGGAGUUUUGAGGGCGAAAUUGUCGCCUUUGCAGAUUACGACAACGACCAGGAAAUUGAAGUUUUUGUGGUGAAAGGUGGGAAAAUGAUUGACGUUGUUAAACACAAUUCUGACUCCGAAGAGAGGUUUAGUAAUAACAAAACGUUGCUCGCGAUGCAAGACACGGUAGUGAGUGUGACUCCAGGCGACUUCAUGUAUUUGGGACAAACGGAUUUGUUAGUUCAAACCAAGUCGGUCGAUGGUCUGAUCAAAGUACAUUUGUGUCCUAAUGUGGUGUCGACUCCUAUAACAUGCAAAGAAGUUAUUUCGAGUCAAACACAAGUUGCAGUAUACGACGUUAAUGGGGACAAUUACUUGGAUUUGAUUGGUACUGACGUUGAAAGUAAAGGCACUGUUGUGUGGCUUGGAGUAGACUCGUUAAGCAAAAACUUUGAGAAAACGACGAAAUACAACUUCCCGACAUAUGACUCUAAAUUUCCGAUUACUAUUGCAGACGUUAAUGGGGAUUGUAGAGGGGAUAUCAUGUUUGUCAAUAGCCAAAAUGUUGAGAUAUAUCUUGCAAGUUUUGAGAAUGAGGAAAUCAAGUAUGUGCACAACUCAGAGAAAGAUGUGAAACUUGAGAACAUGAAUUCCAUCUUUGUGACUGAUUUCAAUCGCGAUGGAAAUUUGGAUCUGGCAUGGACGACGACAAAGGGCGAAUUGAAAAUUGUCCCAAAUACACAACGCAAGAUUUGUAAGUCGUUUUUGAAGUCGGACAGCUCGUGCCGUUCACAGUCCCAAUUGUGUGAAAAAGAUGAUAAUUUCAAGUUCAAUACUAGCGAGGUGUUUACAUUUACUUUGAACAGUUCAUUGAGUUUCAAAGAGGUGGAUGGCCUCACACAAGUUGCUGUUGGUGAUUAUAACAAUGACGCGUAUCCGGAUUUCGUAGUAAUUGUGCAGGACAAUACAGCGCAAGCUAAAGAUGUCUUUGGACUACUUUUAAUGAACGAAGCUGGCAAAAAGAUAUCGAUUGAUGGUUCAGCAGAGAAUGUCUUCAGAAGUACCUCUUUGGGAGCAACAAACGCCGUCUUCUAUGACUGUGAGAAUCAAGGUAUUUUGAACGUAUUGUUCAACGUUGAGUCCUCUGAAAAUUCAAUGACAACACAGAAGGUGAAAAUUAUUAGUAACAACGAAGUUCCUGACGCACUCUUUGUGAAAAUAGCAGCACUCAAUGGAGUCAUUUUGAAGCACGACACCAAAGCAUAUGGCACUUCAUACUUUGGAGGGGUCUUUAAAUUGGCGUUGGCAGACACGAGUGGAGACAACGUUGGUAUUUCGUCGAUGCAAUUGACCCAGACGACUCACAAGAUCAUCCAAAUGCCAUUUGCGCACAUUGGCUUAGGUCGAAUUUCAAAUUACAUUCAAGUUGUUGAAUUUGGGACAAACAUGAAGUACACCGUCAACCACAAUCAGUGGCAGUCUAUCAUCCCUAACUCGCAGUUGGUCGUUAUCCCCGACCCUCCACAGAAAGCGGCGAAUUGGAAAAUCGAGUUAUACUUCUUGGAUUUGACACUGAUGUUUUGGAUUGCAAUCGCCAUGACCAUUGCAUUGGUGAUACUUGGAAUCAUCAUGCUUGCCCUUUUCAUCAGAGACAAAAGAAAAGAGGCCAACAGCCAUUUCUUGAAUAUGAAGUAA